AUGCGUUCAGCCAUUCUCAACCUAAAAUCCUUCCUUUUCUCCCCAUCCAGCUUCCAGUCUCUUAUUCCUUAUUCCAAUGAUAUCUGAAAAAUGGACGAAUACACAGCACAAAUUGACCAAAUCAUUCCUUUUUUGAUAGAAAAUCGUGACCUUCUGGAAUCCCAUGUGACCGCAGCUUUUGUAACUGACUAUUUUUCAAGGGUUCCUCAAGAAUGGAUUGAGUAUCUCCACCAAUUUUCUUAUUCUCAGCUUAUUGAAAUAUCAAGCAUUCUCAAUCAAAUCCAAUUGGCAGGACUUUAUAACUAUACAAUGCUAAUUUACCUUGCAGCGUCCUAAAUCUAAAAUGAAAUUAAUUUUUUAUUAUAUUUAAUUUAUAUCAUAAUUUUAAUAUAUAGCGCUUUCCCGAGGAUGGCGCGGAAUGGCGCCAUCCUCGGGAAAGUCAACUAAGCAUCCACACGGGAACUGGGAGUUCCACGUGUGGAUGCCAUUUUUGACAUGUGGGAUCCAAACUUCCACAUGUCAAAAUGGCAUCCACACGUGGAACUCCCAGUUCCCGUGUGGAUGCCUUCCUGGCUUUCCCGAGAUGGCGCCAUUCCGCGCCAUCCUCGGGAAAGCGCUAUAGUAUAUAUAAGCUCAGCAGUAAAUUUAAGUCCUCAUUAUCCACUCUAUACACAGUCAUUUGACGUUUCCGUAAUAGAGAAAUAUGGCAUGAACCCUAAAAAAAUGCAUGAAGUUCCUAGGCUAGCUCAUUACAUAAGUGGAAAAGCUGAACAACUUGGCUUGAAAAAAGCUAUUGAUAUAGGCGCAGGGCAAGGCUAUUUAUCUCACUUUUUAGUCACAAAAGCUAAACUUAAAGUAACUGCAAUUGAAGCUAAAGAGCAUAAUUCCCACGAAUCAGAAAGACGAGGGAAAUUAAUAUGCCAGAGGUUAAAAACUGAUGGGGAAUUUGAAAAUAUUUCGCUAUUUGUGACAGCUGAUAAUAUUUCUGCUUAUACAAAUGAGCCAUGUGUGCUUAUUGGGCUUCAUACCUGCGGAGAUUUAGCUGCGAGCUGCAUAAAACUCUUUCUUGGUGACCCUCAAAUAAAAGCUUUGGUAAAUGUAGGAUGCUGUUAUAACCAUUUGACAGAGUAUAUAUCUCCUGAAGCAAAGCAGUCUGCAGAUGAGUAUUUAGCUAAAAUUGGGCAUUCAUUUCAAGGGAAUAGUCUUGAUGAAACUUUAUUUGCCGAAGAAGAAGCAGCUGGAUUUCCUUUAAGUAGAUACAUUAAAGAAAAAUACCCACAAUUUUUCUUAGGAAGAAUCCCUAGAGUUUUAGCUAUGAGCGAAGCUUGCAGAGCUCAUAUAGAAAAUCCUGAAGCAACUUUCAAAAGAUUUUCUUAUAGAUCAGCUUUCCAAAUUCUAUUGACAGAGUCUUAUCCUCAGUAUGAAAACAUUUUCAGCGUAGGCUCGAGGAUAAAGUCUUUUAAUAACUUUGGAGAUUAUAUAAGCAAAGCCUUCAAUGCUAUGGGCUUGCAAAAUCCUUAUGAAAAUGUCGACGUAAAUGCUAUUUAUGAAGAAAGGUUUAGGAGUAAAGAAAAGGAAUCUGCAAUUAUAUGAUCACUUCGAAGCAUACUUAGUGGACCUAUAGAAAAUAUUAUAAUUUUAGACAGAGCUCUAUACCUAAGAGAACAUGGAGCUGAGACAGAAAUAAUCCAGAUAUUUGACAAAAUCCACUCACCUCGGAAUAUAGCAUUAGCAGCUUUUAAGCCAUAA